AUGGAGCGAGAAGCGUGCGGCCGCGGAAAUCCAGCCGGUGGCCGCAAGGCACAAAAUCGGGGGAUCUUCAGCAGCGCGUGCGGAGUUACAGGAACGAUUAUAAAGACGGAGACGGUAUAUCUCCCUCCUUCCUCCCAUCCGCUCCGUCAUUACCGCUGGAAAUGGAAAGAUCACAGAGCGAACUGGUUUGAAGUGGGGAUUACUGGAGCUGCCAAGAAGCCGCCAAUAAGCAAGAUAAUGCCAGGGGAUUUCUACCAGAGGCUGGGUGGUAUUCACGAAAGGUUUAGGGACUCGGUGGCCAACCUCGUCUUCUAUGUGGUGAUAUACUUGGCAGAGACUCAAAUAGGCGGUCACACGGUAUACAAAACCCAGAAGUCCUAUCAUUUCAUUGACAUUAUGGAAGCCACCAAGCAGGAUGCGUUCUUUAACAAGACGUCGGUGAGUUCAUUGAUGGUACCGUGGGGUAUCGCCGUGGACCGUGGAGAGAUGCCAUUAAGGGGCCCUUAUGGAGUAACUUUUGGCUUUGAUGCCUUCCCGCGCUGGGACGGAAGGUACUCAGGACAUUUUUCAUACAUUCCCUUUGAAAGCCACCUGAGGCUUUGCGACUAUUCCCUGGAACCGGCCUUCAUCAGGAAGAGGAACGAAAGGGAAAGGCAAAGGGUGAGGUGCGUCAACGAAGGCUACGCACGACUCCGGCAGCACUUACCGCAGGACCUGACCGAGAAAAGGCUCAGCAAGGUUGAGACUCUGCGAGCGGCCAUCGACUACAUCAAACGUCUUCAGGAGCUGCUGGAUCUUGAGUGUUUGGGAUCUCCAGCGCAUGAGACCUCCCCGCAAUCCGUCUUUCCCAGGAGAGAGUGCCAGAGCCAUGGACGCCGCGUCAACGACUCUACCCAUGCCUUUUACAAAGAGGAUCCCAAAAGCCAAGUGCCCUGA